CCACGAGAAUCGUGUGGCGAACGUAAGGGCAUAGAUCAACGAGUGUUAUAACGUCCACAGAGUGAAACGUUCUUCUUGUUACACGUAAGAGAUCGGCGAGUAGUGUUCGCCGAUAGUGCGUAACCGGAGCGAAGUGAUCCGCGCGAGUCGAUGUGGAGGGGAGUAGCGGGGUUGAUCCACGAGUUGGAUUAUCUGUGCGUGUGGUGCAAUACGGGGGCAGUGGGCAUGUUGGAAAGGGCGGGAACGGGAAGGUGAUACAGGGAGAUCUUGAGGAACCUGGAAAAAUUUCUCUUCUAAUUGUUGGAAGACGUACUACAGGAGGAGUAACAUCAAGAGGAGAAGAAGAGGAUGAUAGUGAGUGAACGGAUGAGAGAAGAGUGAACAGGAAAAUGGAAGGUCUAACGAGCUAUUGAGAUUCUUAGCUCGUCGGUUAGUUGGGCACACUGCGAGCUGCGAGAGAGUCCGUCCAUGAGGUUUGAACGAAGGACGAAUUGUUGAGAAGCCACGCCAUGAGAAUCCUCAAAACGCUACACUGGUCUCGAAUGCGUAGCAGCAGUGGCGUGACGGACAUACACUCGCAGCAGCAGCAACAGCAGCAGCAACAACAGCAACAACAGCUGCAGGAGAACAACAACAGCAGCUCGCGGGACGCGAAGAAGCCGCAGGAGGGGCUGGUUCCCGAUGAGAUGUGGGCCCCUGGCGGGCUAGGACCUCACCGGGAGCUACCAGUCGACGUGCCCGACACCCUCUUGCAGAAGGCCUACCCGAACAAGGUAAAGAACCACUGUUCUGGAUAUAGGAACGAGCCCCGUAACGCUAUCCGUAACGCUAGCGACCUCUCCCUAAACCUUAAAAACGACACCCUUAAACCGCCGCCGCCACGCAUCACCGCCAUCCACAACAACAACAACAACAGCAAGAACAACAACGGAAUCAAAACGGACCAUUUGAUAGACAACAGAUCGUGCGUUAGAAACGGUCAGCCACCACCUAUGCUCAAGAUCGAGUUGAAAAUCGAGUCGGAGAACCUCGAGGACGAGGACGAGUGUAAAGUGAAGAAGGAUACGAUUGGAAAGGAACAGAACAGAAGUCCGUCGUCUACCCACGACUCGCCUCGAUUGAAGAAUCCCUUCAAGGAUUUCGAGGAGGACGAAGAGGACGAGGGCGUAAACGAGGAUACCACGGGUCAAAAGGAGUCCAGCGUGGAUCUGGACGUCGAAGAGGAUUAUCCGUUCGCUAAGGAAGAUUAUCCAACCAUGUUGAAGACUUGCAGCGACGAUUCGGCUAGCCCGAGAAGCUCUUCAGGCAGGUCAGAUAGCACUGCUCCUUUGGAUAGUAGCUUGGUGUUGAGACACGCAAAGAAUCGUGGAAAGGAGUCGCCUACGUAUGAUGCUAGGAGGAUAGAUCUUGGCUCUCCGUGUAGAUCGGUGGUUCCUGAGAUUAAAGUGGCUCCUCUGUUCGGUAGAACCAGGGACGCCACCUCCUUCGAUAAUCCUGCGUAUGGAUUGGCUGAUCUUCAGGAUCUGCAGGGACUCUUAAUAAGGUCUGACGAGGUAUCCGACUUAACUAGAUUAAUCGACGAACAGUGUACUAUACCUAGAAUACCUCGAGAGCAGGACAGAGUGUCCCCAGCUCGUGUGAAGGAUCAACACCAACGUUCCGGUGAAUUACUCCAAUCGGAAGUUGCCAGUCCAUCUAGUAAGUCUAUGAAAAAUCCCAAGGGUCGUCGACAAACCGAAGAAAGGUCUAAACAGAAGGCAAAGACAAGGAGUUUGGACGUGGAGGAAUUGAUCAGAGUGGGAUCCAGCGACGAUCUCGUUAGAAUUGAGUCCGGUAGCAGCCUCUCUUCGUCCUCGAGACAACGACCGAAGAAAAAGAGACACCAGCAGAUCUCUAGUGGUUAUUCAACGUUGAGGAGCGACGCUUCAACCGAUCUUGAACACGUGGACCGUAGUUUCUUGGUGGUCGGCGGCAAAACCUAUCGCGAGGUGGCCGUCGACUGUCCACCUGACUUCAUCCCCGUUACCAAGUGCCACCCUGUGUAUCCUCCGCCGAAUAAGACACCGAGUAGCAGCAAGCACAACACACUAGAGCCAAAAAGAGAUCGUAACGGAACCGAUAUAGUUAACAGGGACAGUACCAGUGGUGUGGUAACGGGGAUCGACGAAGGGAGUGUCGUUGCCUCCUCACCCUGCCCUCCCCUCGGUGAUAUUAGCUUCACCAUGAUAGACGAGGCCGCUAUGGAGAGUAGUAGCAUAGUCACGACCCGUACGCUAGACAGAAAGCACGACUCCUCGUCGAAGAAGGCCGGUCUGAACGGGGUGAAACCUGCCAUCCCCCCAAGAGAUCAAAAGAGGGCACCUGCUAGACCGCCGAAAGAUAACCUGCGUCUCUCAGCUCAGAACAAUAAUGUGGAGACGACCGAUAACGCCAAUGCGGAGCCUACGCAACAGCAACUGCAUUCCAUCAGGAAAUACCAGGAGCAGCUGCGAAAACGAAAGGAUGAAGAGGAGAGACAGGAGAUCCUCAAUCGGUCACUACGUGGCUCGAGGAAGCUCCAGGCGUUGGAAAGUCAUACGACGAGUCUUUCCGGCCAAGAAAAUCCUGCGUACGCCCAAGAUGACGUGACCACCGUCGGUCGUGGCACUCAUGUCACCGCGAGCGCCGCGCAAGAAGUCGAGGAGCCUCCGCGGCCCCUCACGUACGGAGAGGUCGUCGCCACGCUGGAGAGGCUACAGCUUCAACUGCGCAAUAUUUCCGGUGCUCUAGGCAUCUCUGGACCGGGCGUAGAGGCCGAACUAGAAGCAGUGCGAACGCUUUUGGUACAAAGUCGAUUCGCAUCUGCCUUGGCCACCCACCACGCUCUCAGGAAUCGCCUGCGAUCCAGCAAAGUAUUGAAACACCACGCUGAAGACACCUCCACUUUGGCUCGAGAUUGCGUGGACAUUCUCGAGAAAUGGAAGUCUUCGUCGACAGAGACAAUCGCCGCUGUGGAAGAGCUGACCAGUAUUCUAACCAGUUAUGACAUGGACGCGUUAUUAUUGGCCCACGACUCCAUAAUCUCGUACGUCGACGGAUUACAGAGGAAACAGAGUCCAUCUUCCGCGUCCCCGAGCGGACCUCCCAGCCCCACUUCCAGCUGGAGAGGCUCUCGAGUCGUAGACAACAUUAAAAUAAUUAGAAUCGAGAAGACUAACGAACCUCUAGGUGCUACAGUUAGAAACGAGGGUGAUGCGGUUAUCAUAGGACGUGUAGUUCGUGGAGGUGCGGCGGACAAGUCAGGACUCUUGCACGAAGGUGACGAGGUUCUCGAGGUGAACGGCGUGGAGAUGCGUGGUAAGAGUGUGAACGAGGUGUGCGACAUUUUGGCUGGUAUGCAAGGCAGUCUGACUUUUCUCGUACUUCCUGCUCCUACGAGUCACAGGAAUAAUUUAUCAAAUAGAAGGGAAGAUACUAACCAGAUACAACAUAUACGAGCCCACUUUGACUAUGAUCCAGAAGAAGAUCCCUAUAUCCCUUGUCGAGAGUUGGGAGUCAGCUUCCAGAAGGGUGACGUGUUACACGUGAUCUCUCAAGAGGAUCCCAAUUGGUGGCAAGCGUACAGAGAGGGCGAAGAAGAUCAAACUUUGGCUGGCCUGAUACCCAGCAAAGCCUUCCAGUACCAACGAGAAUCUAUGAAGCAGACCAUCGCUGGUGACAAGUCAACCGUACGUGGCUCCAAAAAGUCCAGCACGUUGUUGUGCGCCAGAAAGAAUCCAAAGAAGAAGAAACGAAACAAGUUCGGGGCGAACUAUAACGACGACGGGUAUCCUCAUUAUGCAACAACUGCCAUCGACGAUUAUGACAGUGAGGAGGUGCUCACGUACGAGGAAGUAGCGUUGUACUAUCCUAGAGCGAAUCACAAGAGACCAAUAGUACUCAUAGGGCCGCCGAACAAUGGACGACAAGAACUGAGGCAGAGGCUGAUGCAGGACAGCGAGCGUUUCGCAGCAGCCAUUCCUCACACGAGUCGUCCCAGGAAAGACUCCGAGGUCGACGGUCAAGAUUACCACUUCAUCUCCCGUUCUCAAUUCGAGUCGGAUAUUCUCUGUCGAAAAUUCGUGGAGCACGGCGAAUACGAGAAAGCCUACUACGGUACCUCUGUAGAAGCUAUACGGACCGUAGUAAAUUCCGGGAAAAUCUGUGUUCUAAAUCUCCAUCCGCAGAGCCUGAAGAUCCUUCGAAAUUCGGAUUUGAAACCGUACGUUGUGUUCGUGGCACCUCCAAGCUUGGAGAAGCUUCGACAGAAGCGAAUCAAGAAUAACGAGAGCUUCAAGGAAGAGGAAUUGAAGGAUAUAAUAGAGAAAGCACGGGAAAUGGAGGACAAAUACGGUCACCUGUUCGACAUGAUUAUCAUAUACACCGACACGGACCGUGCUUACAAUCAGCUACUGACGGAGAUCAAUUCGUUGGAAAGGGAGCCACAAUGGGUGCCCGCGUCCUGGGUACAAUAAGAAAGAAGCAAGGCUUUCGACACCAAGCCAGAAGAUAUAUCGCUUCGAAGGCCAGUAAGAGAAAGAGAGAGAGAGAGAGAGAGAGAGAGAGAGAGAGAGAGAGAGAGAGAGGCGGCUUCAAAGUCUGACUGGUUCUUCAACUGGUGCCUGUUAUACAAAUUUUACGUUUCAUACACACACGCGCGUAUUAAAACUCCUAGCCAGGCUAUCGUACUCCAAGUACCGCUGGUUUGGUGUAGUCUUCCGUGUCGUAUUCGGUGCCAUCUGAUGAUUCGAGGAUCGUCGUUAGUGAUCACGUUAUAGAGAGGGGGAUAAUUUACCCGUCUCGUUAUGAUUCUUCGUUCCUCGACAGAGAGGCGAGUUCACAAGAGAUCCUUAGAUAAAUUGACUGGCGUGUGGCGCUCGUUUUCCAUCGUAUAUACCAGCAACGCUCUAGUUUCCCAAGGAAUUCACAGGAUUUUCAAAGAAAAAAAAAAUGAAAAAUCGCUACUAUUCUCCGCAUUAAGAUAUCGUAUAACGUUUCCCAAAGAUGUAUGAAUCUUGAAAGAGAUCGCUCCACCUUCUUUCAGAAGUCACCAGAUUCUUUCUAGGGUACACCGA